AUGGGACGGCGAAGCGUCGCCCUGGCUCUACUGGCUGCCCUGUUGACGUCGUCGCUGCUUCGGCUCUUCUAUCAGCAGGAGGGGUCUCUCGCGAGGAGCAGUACAAGCCAGCCCGUCUACACUGAUGGAGCAAAGCCGAGCCGAGCGCACCAGCAGGUCCUCCUCUGGGCGCAGAUCCGCUCCGGGUCCUCCUUCACCGGCCGCCUACUGACGCUGGGAACUAAAACCUUCUAUUCGGAGGAGCCUAUUCGCGUUUACAACCACACCUUAGGGAGGGAUACUGGUGCGGCCGUUGCCUUUCUCAAAGACAUCUUGCUCUGCCGUUUCUCUCGGCAUUUGAAUUAUUUCAAGGAAUACAUAUCUUGGCAUUAUCAAGAUCUGAAAGUAAAAUAUCUCUGCCAAUUCGAGUCGAGGCUGUGUUCCUCUCCUUUUACUUAUGAGGCCUUCUGCCGCGCCGCCCCCGUGGUGGUAGUGCGGGUCGUGGCUCUGGCCCUGACGGCGUUCAUUCCGCUUCUGGAGGAUGACGAAUUGGAGCCCAAGGUGGUCCACUUGGUCCGCGAUCCCAGGGGCACGCUCAACUCCAGGAGAAGUCUUCCUCCCGCUGCCCAUGUGUACGAAGAGGAGUCGAACGUGACCGCCGUGUGUGAAAGGUACCGGGAGGACCUGGUCGCGGCUGCCACGCUCCGUCAGCUCUUUCCUAAAAGGUACAUACUAGUGCGUUACGAGGACCUGGCGCUCUUUCCGGAGAGAGAAGUCCGUCGCCUGUACGAGUUCAUGGGUCUCCCCUUCACAGCUCUUGUCUCGCAGUUCAUCUUCGACCACACGAGCGGCCUCCAGAAACGGGAGAAGAUGGACCAGCCUUUCACUCAUUUUAGAAAAUCCAAAGAGGUCGCGGAUCGGUGGCGUGACAGAAUGAGCUACGGGGACGCGCUGGCUAUCCAGGAGCAGUGUAAGGACGUCCUGCAGAGCUAUGGCUACGAGGUCUUCAGUAGUCGCAGGGAGUACUCGCGCCGGGGAGAGGCUCUCGAGGCGCCGCCUUAGGCUGCGUCCAUACCUACACGAGGCCCUUAUAAGUGCAUACAGCACAUUGACUAUAGCUGGUCAGUGAUAUCUCUUAAAAUGAUAAAUAUAGAAAAAGUUUGCUCAGUCUAUCAAUAGAAAGUUUAUUCUGUGAAGAUACAAAUACGAAACAUUUCCUACUCGUUAUCUUUAUGAAAAUGCUUGCCACGCACAUACGGUUGCGCGAUAAUAAUGAUGAUAAUAACAGUAAUAAUAAUAAAAAGAAUGAUAAUGAUAGUAAUGAUAACGAUAAUAUGAUAAUGAUGAGGAUAAUAAUAAUGAAAAUAACAAUAAUAAGGAAGAUGAUGUCUUACAUAGAAAAUUAGAGAACUCAUUUUUAAUUAUCAUCCUUGUCGAUAAUGAUAAUAAUGAUAACGUUAACGGUAAUGAUGAUAGU